AUGCAUCUGUCUUUGUCUGUCAUUGUCGCUUUUCUGGCUGUGGGUAUUCAUGGCGCCCCUGCCGAAGACGUUGAGAAGCGCGCCAUCACCUCUGGCACCAACGACGGUUCCAUUUUUCAGUUCGGUGAUGCCUCGCGUUGCCGCAAGUUAUUCUACGACUCGGGUGCUUGCGGUCUGAGCACCUAUUUCAAGGGCAAAGUCCCGUCCAACAUGCCCCUCGUCGCUGUUCCUUCGCGCGUCUUUGACAAGUUUGGCCAGGCUCAGAACAAUAAGCUUUGCGCCAAGACAAUCACCAUGACGUACAAGGGCGUAACUCGCAGGGCCAUUGUCGCUGAUGAGAAUACGAGCGAUGAGCAGUCGAUUGACAUGUGCCUGGGUGACUGGAAGGCUUUUGGUGGCAAGGAUGGUGAUGGUACCCUCCGUCGCGGCGUCAAGUGGACCAUUGGCUGA